CAAUUACUGUUUGCCUUUAACUCCUUUGGGAACAAAUCAUACUUUAACAAAUCUUUUAUUUCAAGCAAUAAUUUUAACCUAAAUACUUUGGCCUUUAAAAUUAGUGUAAAAAAAGGGUUAAAACACAUACACACAUUAAUAUAAAGACAAACAAACAAUAAAACCAUUAAAAUAAUUAAAAUUCAAAACAGGAACAAGAUCAAAGAAACGAUAAAGGAACAAUUGAACAAAAUGACAACAACAACUAUUCAAACAACAUCAUAGGCAUGAGAAAUAGUGGCAACAGCAGCAAAAAAUAAUAACAAAUAAAUUUACCAAACAAUUAUAAAAACAUGAACACAUACACAAAAACACACUGAAAAAAGAAAUAAAUAAAACAAACAACAAUAAGCGAAUGAACGAGCAGGAAUGAGUAAAAAAAGAAAAAUUAAAUAAUAAGUGAUUUCUACCUUUUGAAAUCAAAAACAUAAACAUUUUAAGAGAACAACAACAACAACACACACACCUUAACAACAAAAACAACAACAAGAAUCCAGUGCCCUAAAGGUUUUUUUAAAAACAAACAUAUUAACCCAUAUACACACACACCUAGUAUUGGUGAAAAAACAUAAAGUAACAACAACAAAAGCCAGCAAGUUUAACAACAACAAUAAUAUUUUCAAUAUAAAUUUAACACACAUACAUACAUACACACCAAUUUUAUAGAAAAUCAAAGUAAAAAAACCUUAAAUAUUCGUGAAGUCAGUUGUGUUAUACGAAUUCUUAAAAUCCUUAUAAUCUUUUUCAUUUGUUUUUCACUCUGCUUCUUUUGCUGCAUCGCUUAAACGUUUGUUGUAUUGGUGAUGUGAGCAAUGCUGAGUGAAUGAGUGAGCGAUUGUAUGUGAGAGUAGUGGUUUUGUUUACAACAUCUUUUUGUCAUUCACGUGUACUCAACAUAUUUUUUUUCAUUUUUUUUAUUGUAGCCCUGUGUAUGUGUUUAACUAACAGUAUUGAGUAUUCCAAUAACAAAAACAAUAACAAAUAUAAUACCUUUGUUACAUUAACUACGUAAUAAUACAAAUAAUACAGCAUAACAAAGCAAAAAAAAAAACCUAAGAGAACAAAGUAAUAAAACGAAAAAUAAAAACAACUAUAGAAACAACAAAAAAAGUGCAAAAGAGAAUAACUUCGAAUACAACAAUAAACAAAAAUACACAAUAAAAACUAUUUGCCAACAAUAGUUAAAAAAAGAAAAACAUUAAAAUCCUUUACUCCCCCUCCACGCCCUCAAAUUGAUUUCGUUUGAUGCCAUUGUCAUCGUUUAUAACAUCAACGUCAUCGCCUUCGCCACCCUCAAUAACAUCGUUAUUGUCAACAACAACUUCAACAACAUUGUAAUCAUCAGCAAUUUAAUUGUUGUUAUUGUUACGGUUGUCAUCAAAAAAAACCUCAUCGCCAUCAUACUAGACGUCAAUCCGUUAGUCAGUCAGUCAUCAUCAUCAUUGAUAUAAAUAUUAUCUAUCAUAAUGGAGCAUAAACAAUUUUGUGUACUCACCCUGUUAUUGGGCAUUUUAAUUUUUAAAUUGAACAUUUUUAUUAUUGUCGCCGAUCAGGACGAGGACAUACCACACAAUGAAGUUCGUAAUUGGGCUUUAAAAUUCGGUGUGGAUCUAUGGGAAUUUGGACGACAAUUCACAAAAAUGAAUGAAAUCAAAAGCCGUUUCAAAGACAACGAUAUCGAAGUAAAACGAAAGGAUGGCAUCAUUCUCUUGCGUGAACUGGCAGCAGAGGUGAAAAACUUUAUGGACUUUAAACGCAAUGCAGUGAUGCGCAUUAUGGACUCGGCCGAACAGGCCGCCUUAUCGGAAUUGGAUGCGCAAAGCUCACAUUCGGCUACGGCGAAUAAUCAACAUUACGAUGCACGACGCAUUAACGAAUACAAUGCCGAUGGUAAAUUGGCCGAUGGAGCUAGACAUAUGGAUAUUCGUUUUAUGCGACGUUUCGAGCGACUACCCGUUAAUCUCAGUCUAAGUUCGAUUCUGGUGCCUAAUGGUGUCUCAUUGGAUGAGGGAGACGUUAAGGCAGCACUACAGUGGAGUUCUCAUUUGGAUCCACUGUUCCAGAACAACUUGGAGCGAGAUCCGGCAUUGUCGUGGCAGUAUUUUGGCUCAACGUCUGGUUUUCUGCGUCGUUUUCCCGGCACCGCCUGGCCACCGGAGGGUUCGAAGGGUAGCAAACAGAUACAUGAUUUUCGUACGCAAAAUUGGUUUGUUCAGGCCGCCUCAUCGCCUAAGGAUAUAAUGAUUUUAUUGGACUCUUCGUCGAGCAUGUCGGAGAAAUCUUUUGAUUUGGCCAUGGAUACUGCUUUUAAUAUUUUGGAUACUUUGGGUGAAAAUGAUUUCGUUAAUUUGAUUACGUUUGCUGAUGUUAUUAAGACUCCGGUGCCUUGCUUUAAAGAUCGCAUGGUACGAGCAACUCCCGAUAAUGUUCAGGAAAUCAAAUCGGCCGUUAAGGCUAUUAAGCUUCAAGACACGGCGAAUUUUACCGCAGGCUUGGAAUAUGCAUUUAGUUUGUUGCACAAGUACAACCAAUCUGGUGAAGGUAGUCAGUGUAACCAGGCAAUUAUGCUAAUAACCGAAAGUUCCUCAGAAUCUCACAAAGAGAUCAUAAAACAAUACAAUUGGCCCCACAUGCCGGUGCGCAUUUUCACCUAUUUAAUUGGUUCGGAUUCGGGAAGUCGCAGUAAUUUACACGAAAUGGCCUGCUCCAAUAAAGGUUUCUUUGUACAAAUCAACGAUCUAGAUGAUGCCAGACGUAAAGUUAUGGACUAUGCUUUAGUUAUGGCUCGUCCCAUGAUUAUGUAUCAAGCCGAUCAUCCAGUACAUUGGAGUCCGGUCUUUAUGGCCGGUAAAUCGGGUGGUCUGGCACGUGAUUCCGAAUAUCAACGACGUUUGGUGACGACAGUUUCAACUCCGGUCUUCGAUAGACGCAACCAUUCGGUACGUGUAGCAAAUUUAUUGGGUGUUGUGGGCACAGAUGUCCCCGUAGAGGAGAUACGCAAAAUGAUACCGCAACAUAAAUUAGGACCGAAUGGGUAUUCGUUUAUCGUUGAUAACAAUGGUCGUGUACUCUAUCAUCCUGAUUUGCGUCCAUUGAGUGAUGGUAAUCAGUAUAUAGAUCAGUUGAGACCACGCUAUACAUCGGUCGAUAUAACGGAGUUGGAGCUGCCGGAAACCGAAAUUGGUAAUGAUCAUGAGAUUGUCGAAAUGAAUAAAAAUCUUUUGUAUGAUAUGCGUAGUGAUAUGAUUAUGCCCAAAGAGGGUGAAACCGAAUUCACUAUUUUAAAUCAUUUCGAUGAUAUGAAACGUGUUAGCGCAAGAACUCAAAGAUAUUUCUAUGGUCCCAUUGAGGAUACACCAUUUACGCUAGCUGUUGUAUUACCAGAAAAAUAUGGCAGCCAUGAAUUAGUCUCUCAGCAGGAAAUUAGACAUUCACGUAAGAAUGUUACCGAAUAUUUCAAGGGAGACAAUUGGCGUGUUCAUCCCGAUUGGGUGUAUUGUGAGUACAAUAGUGUUAGCGAUUUGGAGAAAGAACGAGAAAGUUCUGGUGAAUAUUCGGGUUCUAGAGAUCAAGAGCCUAGCUUUGGUUCGCCCGAAGAGCAGGUGUUGCACUUUUUGGCUAGAGCUGGUAGACCCGGUUGGAAAUGGAUGUCGGUGCGACCUAAAUCACCCCAACCUCAUCAUAGUCUACAUGGUGCAACACCUGUGGGUCAUUUUGCCCAACACAUGAAUGUUCAAGGUUCUCGCAAGGCAGAGCCCUAUUACUGCGAUCGAACCUUGUUACAAAGUUUAGUGCGUGAUGCCAUGGUUACCGAUGGCCUAGAUCGUAAUUCUACUGCUUCCCCCAAUGGCAAAGAAGAUAAAAAUCCAAUCGCCACUUUAAUGGCAAUUUUGAAAAGGCAAGGCUAUCAAAAAUUUGUCGUUACCACAUCAUUUGUGGCCACACGAUCGGGACUUUUAAGAUGGAUUGAUCACAUCAAGGCGGCCGAGGAUUCACCAGAACCACACUUUAGUGAAGACAAUGUCCGCGCCAUGGAUAUGUCCUGGUAUAAGAGAGCUAUUGAUCAGCAUACUGUCGAACAGGAUAGUUUUGUGUAUAGUGUACCUUUUGGAUCGGGUUAUAAUACCAAAACUAAUUCAACUUUAGUGACUGCUUCACAUGCCAUUUUUGUAGAACAUCGCGGCCAUAAAGCACCCGCAGCUGUAGUGGGUUUACAAUUCCAACAUGAUUCUUUGGCUAAACAUUUUAUAAGUAUAACAUCGGCUUGCACUGGCAUGACGGGCUGCAAGCGUACUUGUGCUUCCGACAAUUUGGACUGUUACGUUUUAGACAAUAGUGGCUUUGUUAUUAUAUCCGAGGAACCCGAACACACGGGUAAAUUCUUUGGUCAAAUUGAUGGCACCAUUAUGGAUUCAUUGGUGCAGGAUCGCAUUUAUAAACGUGUCACUGUUAAUGAUUACCAAGGUGUAUGUUCCAAUGCUGAUAAUCCCUAUACGGCCGAUGGUGUUAUGAUACGACCUCACCGAGCCGCUUCCUGGCUAUUUAAGUAUAUUUUAUCGUUAAGUGCUACUUGGCUAUCGAUGCUGCCAACACCGAUUAAGGCCUGGCCACAGGAUGAUUACAGCUACAACGAAGAAGGCUUUGAAGAACCCACCUAUCCCGAUGAUUAUGAACCAUUCGAGGAUGACUAUAGUUCACCCAUAGACGAGGAAUUGGAUGAAAUGUUUACCACCGCCGAUGUGGAAUAUACCACACCCGCUCCUAAACAACAUAAGCCUCAUGUGGGACCACGUUCUAAUCCCGAUCCUAAUAAUGCCCGCCGUUGUGAUUUACGCACCGAUUUAUAUAUGCUGCAACCGGAAAGAUUAAAUCAAGGUGGUCAAAAUAAUCCUUUAAAGGGUAAACUAACAAAUUGUCAUGUGUCUGGAUGUGAACGACCAUUUAGUGUGCAAAAAAUACCACAUAGUAAUUUAAUACUUUUAGUAGUGGACACUUUGUGUCCUUGUGGUUCCAAACAAUUGGAUAUUGAACCUAUGGAGGAGUCGGGUAUAGUUGGUGCUUGCAGUACCCGACGCCAAUCGCAAGAAACUCAAAAACGACGAAGACCCCGAAAAUGCAUAAAUUAUCAUCCGGAAGAAAUUGAAAUACAACAGUGUGGUAGAGGUACAAAUCUUCUACAAAAUCCAGCACCGAUUUUAAUUUCUCACGUAGUCAUGAUCAUAGUGACUCUAUUGCUAACCAAUGCGUGAUACUAAAUGAAUUAAAUUCAAAUUUAAUCACCUAAAAGCAGACACCAACACUAAUACAUACGCAGACACCAAAAUAUAUAUAUGUAUAUGACUCCAUUUUGUUUUUUAAGUCAUUAUUCAGCAGCAAACAUCUUCACAUGACUACACUGAGCAAAAAACAAAAACAUUUAACAAAUACACUUAGAAAAAAAAAUAAUUAGAUUUAUUUUUUCAUAUUUUUUUUAACAAAAGAAAAGAUAAAUUAGUUUUUUUUUAAUAAUUAUAAUUAUUAUUGUAGUUAUAAAUAUGUAUGUGUAUGAAUUUGUUUUUUAACAAACUAUACCAAAAAAACAAACAAUUUUUUCUGUAAGUGUAAAAUGGAAUAAAGUAAAACUGUAAGGGACGUGUCAUGUUUUUUUUGCAUAAAAGAGCAACAAAAAAAAUAUAUUUUUUAUUAUUCAUUCACAAUGAAUUGAAAUUAAGCAGAAUUUGAAAAUCCAAAACCUUUAAAAAAUUAAGAAAAAAACAUAUAAAACAAUGACAAGAGAAUUUAUUUAGUAAAACGAUCGCAACAACAGCAAACUAGAAUUUGGUAGAAAUUUAUUAAAAUUUAAUUACAAACAAGAAAACAAAAUUAACAAUGAAACAUAAAAGAAAAAUUAAUGAAGUAAAUUAUGUAAUUGUACCUACAAACUUACAAAUUGAAAAAAAAAAAAUAUUGAAAAAAAUUAGUUUAAUGCUAAAUAAUUUAGAAAUUAGUUUAAAAUUAAAAAAAAAGCUAACAACUAAGUUAAAUAUUUAUUUUGAAAAAAAAGAAACUUAACCCAUUUAAGAACUCAUUGCAUAUUUCUCAUUUUGUAUUUUUAUUUGUUCAAUUCACAAUCGAUGUCGUAUCGUUGUAAGGUUGUAAGUCAUAAAACAUUUUCAAAGACAAUUUUUUGAAACAAAAACAAUUCAAUAAUAAAAAAUUACGACAUACUACGAUACAACCGUACAAUAGUGAUUGUGAAUUGGAAAAUUUUCUUUUUUAAUCUAUAAGAAUUAGCAAUUCUCUAACUAAAUUUUUGAAACAGUUCCAAUUUUGUAUAAAGACUUUAGAUUUGUAAAACAUAAGUUCAACAUAAGCUCUCUAAAACUUCAACAUUAGGUAGUGGAACCGGUUUUAGAACAUUUCAUACAUAUUUCUUUUUUAUCUGAUUCUUACUUUAUUUUAGGGAACUCGGUUCUCUGAAGGUUCUUUUUUAAUACUGAUUCUUCAUUUAUUUGAUCUUAUAAACAAUUUUGGUUUUACGUUUUUCCGAACUCCUUCUGAAUACUUCCGAAUUUGAUCUGAAUACUUCGAAACCAAUGAUAAUAUAUUACAAACUUAAUGCUUCUUUGUUAGAAGAUUAUAAAAUGGAAGUUUCUACAAAAAUGUUGAACCCAUAAAGUAUCUAACAAGGAGUUUUCGUGAUUACAUUGUUCUGAUUGCAUUGAUCUAAAAGUAGUUUUUAAAAAUAAAAAUUUUUCUCUCACUCCUAGAUCAAUAUAAAGUUAUAUAGUCUUAAAUAUCGUACAUUUAGUUUCUGUAGAGUAGUUUUAAAACUUUUCUGCACAUAAGUUCAACCAGUCGCGGAUCCAGCUCGAGUGUUUCCUUUUCGCUCAUUUGUAUAUUUUUUAUGAAAAUUUUCGUUUUUGUGGUGAAAAUUUCUCCCUUUGACCACCAGGGGAUCCACUCCUGAUCUGAACUCUAACUCCCAGAUCAAUAUAGAUCCAUUUAAGCAUUCUCGCGUCAAUUCGUUCUACGCUUUUGUACUUGUAACCUACAGCAUACAAAUCUAUUGAUUCUUCUUAUUUGACAGACGCAUAAAAUGUGAGAAAGUGUAGAACGCGUGGUGUGGACCUCCAGCUUUACUUUUUUACACGACUGUCAAAACUAUACAAGAAAUUGAUCAG